AUGGCGAACACUGUCUCGGUUCAUGCUCUACGAGCCGGCUCUUUGACGCUCCCUGAAAAACAAUUUCUUACGCCACUUGAUGAUAUCAAUAGCAGAAAAACUGUCCCUUCAUUGUCAUUCCUAGUUCAACAUCUCUCACAGUCAACAGCCGAGGUAACUCGCCUAUUGUUUGACCUGGGUAUCCGUCGGGAGCCGGAGCUUUACCAGGAGAAUAUUCGUCUCCACACCUUGACAAGAAGGCCCCUCGAGGGUCAUCCCAAUGUGAUCGACUCACUUGCUCUGGGAAAUCUGACCAGUUCAGAUAUCAACCUUAUAAUCCUAUCCCAUAUACAUUGGGAUCAUGUCGGGAUGCCAUCCGACUUUCCGGAUUCCCAUUUCCUGGUGGGCGACGGGUCUCUUUCUCUUCUGGACGGUGACAAGAACGGAGGGAUUGGCAGCCACAGUCAUUUCGAAAAGGAUCUACUUCCUAGAGAUCGUGUCUUCCAGUUAUGUGGGCCUAACACCUCUCUACAAGCGGAUUUUCCCAACAGUCAACGCUCUAAAUUGCGCGACCUUUCUCGUCAGCCUUAG